AUGUGUCCAGCUUCCGCAACCAGGGGAUGCUGUACCAAUUCGUUAGUAGCUUGCCUCUUUUCUUACGAGCCCGUGCUAUCACCAUACCACUUUACAGCAUAUCAGCCAGACCGAUCGAGCCGGACACGGUGCCUCAAUAACAGUUUUCAGAACCCAUUGAGCACCUCAGCAGCUCGCCGACGAGCUUCUCCGGCUGCUCCCACCGCCGUUGGUCCCAAUUGGUGCUUGCUUGGACGAUUUCGGACAUUCCCUCCCUUGCGGCCCGACAACUCGGUGAUAGCGCAAGAAUGCAGCCUUAUGCAGGAGGUAAACCAUCGCGGAGCCGGAGCCACUAGCGGUACCACAUUAGGACAGUUGUUCCUAUUCUUGCUUGCUUUGCCAGUCGUGACCAAUGCGACGACGCCCGGCAGAAGCAUCUUGUUCGUCCAGUCUGCGUCUCCCAUGCUCCCAGCCAGUCAGUUGGCUCGUAGGGGACAGCACCGAUUGCUCAGCGUAGAGUCUGCAGUGACAGUCUUCCAGAAGUGGUUGCUGGAAGCGAAGCAGCGACCAAAGGCGGAUUCGCGACGUAAGACAGCGAUUCCACAGUGGCAGCGAGUGGGGGACCAGAAUGCCGCCAGAAGCAGUCGCUAG